GAGACCUGCGGCAGUGUGGAGUGAGUGCGCGGAGUGAGAGGAAGGAGUGUGUGCCAGGCUCCACCCAGAGUGCCACCACCACACACACAUAGGUGCCACCACGGGCCAGGCCGACAGUGCCACGGACGCCCAACACAGUGCCACGGACGCCUACACCACAGUGACACCAGACUUGCAUCUAUUGUAUUACAGGACCUAACACCGAGAGAGGACGUGGCAUGACAGGCUCCCGCCGUGCCGGAGAGUUGCUGGCCAUGGAGGGCAGCCACCCAGAACACGUCAUCUCCUUCGGGAAGAGUAAAGGUUGCUACGUCAGCAGGGGCGUGGCCGUCCUGCUGGGGGUUUUCUUUGUGAGUGGGUUGGUGGCCACGGGGCUCCUCGUCUACCACUACGCCCCCCAGGAGAGGGUCGGCUCACAGGAGUCCUUGUUGGUGCCCAGGACGCCGUCAACAGAGAGGAGGCCGGUGAUGACCAGGAGACGCACUAACCCCACCAAGCGACCGGCCACCACCAGAGCCAACGUCACCCGCAAAAAACCACCUUCAGGUACCAAGACUAAGACUAAGACCAUCAUCACCACCACCACCACCAUCCCCUUCACCACCACCACCACCACCACGGGGGAACCCUUUCAGGAGGACAUAGAUGUGCGUCUCCCUAACACUCUGAAGCCCCUCCACUACCUGGUCAAACUUCAGCCACUCAUCAACGGCAACUUCAGCAUCCUCGGCUACGUGGAGGUGGAGAUGGAGGUGCUGGAAUCAACCUCCAACGUCACCCUCCACAUCGCCGACAUCAUCACUAAGAAUGAGACAAUCAGAGUUGCGCCCUCAGGUGACCUAGAUGGACCUGGUUUAAGGGUCAUAAAGCACUUGUAUGACCAUGAGAGACAGUUCUACCUGGCACACCUGGAGGAGGAGCUGCAGCAGGGCCACAAGUACGUCCUCUCCAUGGAGUUCACGGGUUACCUCAAUGAUCAGUUACACGGCUUCUACAGAUCCACCUACAGGGACGCCGACGGUACCGAGAAGAUGCUGGCAGUGACACAGUUCCAGGCGACAGACGCGCGGCGAGCCUUCCCCUGCUUCGACGAGCCAGGACUGAAGGCUACUUUCGAGGUGUACCUGGCCCGCUCCACCAACAUGUCCUCUAUAUCCAACAUGCCCAUCAUCGAGACCAUACCCGUGGAGGAUGAAGAAGGGUGGGUGUGGGACCAUUAUGACACCAGCGUCCCCAUGUCCACCUACCUCGUUGCCUUCGUAGUGUCUGACUUCGCUUACCUCAGCACCACAACCAACAACAAAACGCUAUUCAGAGUGUGGGCGAGGGAGUCAGCCCUGCAGCAGGCGAAGUACUCCCUUCAGGUGGGUCCUGCCAUCCUCACACACUUCGAGGACUACUUCAACCAGUCUUACCCACUACCCAAGCAGGACAUGAUCGCCAUCCCGGACUUCUCUGCUGGAGCCAUGGAGAAUUGGGGCCUCAUAACCUACAGAGAGACGGCAAUGCUGUAUGACUCCCGAGUGUCCGCCGCCUCCAACAAGCAGUACGUGGUGGCGGUGGUGGCGCACGAGUUGGCUCACCAGUGGUUUGGGAACUUGGUCACCCCGGUCUGGUGGACUGAUCUGUGGCUUAACGAAGGGUUCGCUUCUUACGUCGAGUAUAUCGGGAUCAACCAUGCGGAGCCGACGUGGAAGGUGAUGGAACAGUUUGUCUUGAACGAGAUGCACAUCGUCUUCAGUCUGGACAGCCUCGAGUCUUCUCACCCCAUCAGUAUCCCCGUCGGCCACCCUGACGAGAUAAGCCAGAUCUUCGACAGAAUAUCUUACGCUAAAGGGGCGUCUAUCAUCCGGAUGAUGAACCACUUCCUGACGGAGGCCACCUUCAGGAAGGGCCUCAGUAACUACCUCGACGCCUUUAAGUACGAGAACGCAGAGCAGGACGACCUGUGGCGGCAACUGACGACGGCGGCCCACCAGGACGACACGCUGCCUCAAGACCUCACUGUUAAGACCAUCAUGGACACUUGGACGCUGCAGAUGGGCUACCCCGUCAUCAAGGUGGAGAGGAGCCCAGACGGUACCUCGGCUACUGUCUCUCAGGAGAGGUUCUUAUUGGUCAAAGAAGCAGACUCUGAGGACACACACGAAUACAAGUGGUGGGUGCCGCUGACGUACACAGUGGGCGACGACCCCAAUUUCAACGAGACCCGGGCCAAGGUGUGGAUGAAGGACUCUGAGACACACAUCACCAUCCCGUCCCUGCCCACCAAGGACCAGUGGGUCAUCUUCAACCUGCAGGAGACGGGUUACUACAGAGUCAACUACGACCAAGACAACUGGAACCUGUUGAUCCAGCAGCUCCUCGCCGACCACCGAGUCAUCAACACCAUCAAUAGAGCUCAGAUCAUCGACGACGCCAUGAACCUCGCCAAGGCUGGUCAGGUAGCGUACGACACGGCCCUCGGUGUUUAUAACUACCUCGGCAAGGAGACAGAAUUCGUACCAUGGGCGGCAGCUAUCAACAACUUGGCUUACCUUAAGGAGAUGUUAGCCCGUACAGGAGGCUACGGCGCCCUCAAGAACUACCUGCUGGAUAUCCUGGUGCCGCUGUACGACUCAGUAGGGUUUGACGACAGCAGAGACGACCCUCUACUGGACCAGUACAAGCGGCAGAAGGCGUUGUCGUGGGCGUGCGAGCUGGAACACCCUGACUGCCUCCAAAACGCUGCCGCCAUUUACGCACACUGGAUGAAUAACCCAGAAAACAGCAGCAUCAUCUCCCCUAACCUCAAGUCAACGGUUUACUGUCACGCCAUCGCUGAGGGAAGCGAGAAAGAGUGGAACUUCGCCUGGUCUCAGUACUUGAAGUCUAACGUGGGGUCGGAGAAGAACGGUCUCCUCUCCGCCAUGGGCUGUACCAAGCAAGUGUGGAUUCUUUCCCGGUACCUGGAGAUGGCCUUCAGCUCCGACAGUGGCAUCAGGAAGCAGGACGCCUUCAGGGUGUUCGGCGCCGUGGCCGCUAACGAAGUAGGGCGUCCCCUUGCCUGGAGCUUCCUUCAGGACGAAUGGGACGCCAUCUUUGAGUUCUACGGGAAGGCCAAGUCUCGCCUCAUCAAAUCUGUUACCAGUUAUUUCAACACUGUACAGCAGCUGAAGGAGCUGCGGUUGUUCCGUCGGGAGCACAUAGAGGACCUGGACUCCGCCUCCCGGGCCAUUCGGCAGGUCAUUGAACGGACCAGGAUCAACAUAGCCUGGAUGAACGGCAACUAUGACGUCAUUGUCAACUGGUUGGAUGAGAACGGCUACUCCACCAAACUCAGCAGCGCCUAGAACGACUAAUUACUUCACCUCCUCAGCUGAUCGACUGAUUACUUCGCCUGCUUACCUGAACGACUGAUUACUUCACCUCUUUCCCUGAACGAUUGAUUACUUCACCUCCUCAGCUGAACGAUUGAUUACUUCACCUCCUUACCUGAACGACUGAUUAAUUCACCUCACCUGAACGACUGAUUACUUUACCUCCUUACCUGAACGAAUGAUUACUUCACCUCCUCAGCUGAACGAUUGAUUACGUCGCCUCCUUACCUGAACGACUGAUUAAUUCACCUCACCUGAACGACUGAUUAUUUCACCUCCUCGCCUGAACGACUGAUUACUUCACCUCCUCACCUGAACGGCUCGGCACCCCCUCCCGUAAUCAUCGCCUCAUCGGAAAAACAACACAUCUUCCCUGAACGACUCCUCUUGUAAACUCAGUGACGUUCACCUCACCUGAACGAUUGACCAAUCAGCACGUCCUCCCUACCUGAGUGACUCCUCAGCGCCACCCAGCUAAAAAGUUGUAAACAGAGGUGCGUUCUGAUACCGGGUUCUUUGUUGCAAUCCGGAUUUAUUGUUCACUUCCACCUGAUGAAGGUACAUGUGGGGUCCUGCAUUAGUGAAGAUAGACUCAUAAUGUCAGUUCAGUAUUAACUGACAUAGAGGAAAGGCUGAGUCUGUAUCAUUCCUCAGACGGGCGCCUCACCACCAGACACACCACAACAGCACACGUCUUCCCUCAAAUCAUUCCAGUGUGUUGUAUAAAGCCAUGUAGAAGCUGAUUGCUGUAGCUUGUCGAUGAAUAUACACGCGUUAGAUAAAAAAAUCUAUACAGUGAAUGUGAUAUCUAUACAGAUGUGUAUAGGGUGUGUAUACCUACCGACUCACUUGUCAUAGUUAUUCUCAUAGUACAAUAUACAACUAACAUGGUGUCCCCUGCGGUCAUGUUAUGAUGAAAUAGACAGGAAGAAUUUGUUUACGAGGAACCAUGAUUCCAUUUUUAGCUAAACAAUAAACACGUGGAUGUACCAUUGUACCAUGGAUAUUUUUUAGGACAGUAUCCCCUUCGACUGGAAUAUUUAGUUGAGCUCACCACGGCUGCAAGUGUCCAUGUAAACAUAUAACUUUCGAGCUUGCGUGAAAUAUUUGUAAAUUUUAAUUUCCUGUUGAUUUUUUAUAUUGUUAUUUAUCCGUUGUUAAAUUUACUGACUAACCAUGGCAGGUGUCAUUUUGUACAUUGUUAAGUUAAAAAAGGUUACUCUGUGUGAAGUCUUUGUUUUUUUUUCUUAUCCGAAUGUAUCACGGUGUAUACCUUGACUUAAUUAAAGUAUUUGUAUGUAAGACGUAACUUAAACUUUGUGUAUAUGAUGUUGGUAUCAACACAAAUGUUUGAAGUAUACAACUAGUAAAUGAAUAUUG